AUGGCGCCUACCUCAGCAAAGACCAUCUCCACCUCCUUGAAGAAGCUGGAUAUCUCCUCGAAGUCCAAGCAAGAGGAACCAGCAGACUCGUGGGAUGCCGAAGAGGACUCUGACACAGAUGAAGACGAUUCUGGCAAUGCUACUCCCGUAAGACCGACAAGCUCGUCUGACUACCCUGGUGCACCGCCGCCUACGCCCUCCUCGCCAUCCUUCAGCUCGGGCAAGACAGCCCUGGGAGCUCCAUACCAGACCUUCCCGCCCUACGGCUUUCAAGCAUAUGGUGAUGCAGAAAGUGCUGCACCCGCUCGGGGAGCCCGAACGGCGGACGAGGAUGAGCGGAGACCGGAGAAGUCUACCGCUGUGGCUUCGAGGUUGAUAGCCGCAGGUAUCGGCCAGAAGGCACCGAGACGAACGAAGGAGCAAAGGGAGUACGAUCAAGCUAUGAAGAUGCAGGAGAAGAAGAAGCGUGAUCAGGCGAAGGCUGAGGAGGAAAGGAAGAAAAGCGAGGCUGUGAGAGCGAAGCAGGCUGUCUGGGAUGAUUGA